CUUCCGGUUAUGGCUGCGCCCAUUAGAAAACACCUGGAAAACAUGCCUGAAAGUAAAAUUGAGAUUUCUGCUGUUUCGGGCGCUAGCCUCGUGAAAACAAGACCUGUGUUUGGACCAGAUUCUAAAUGUUUAUUUUGUUGCUCAGAAUCCUUGAUCAAAGUAUUCAGUACAGAGAGUGGAGAAUGUAUCAGAAAUCUGCAUGGUCAUACAAACACAGUUACUGGCAUAGUUGUCAAUCCAAAUAAUAAAUUACAGAUUUUGUCCUGUUCAUUUGACCAGUCAGUAAUACAGUGGGACUAUUCUGAUGGGGUUUUACUGAAGGUAUAUCAGCUUCAUUAUCCUCUUCAUGACAUUUCUGUAUCAUCUCAUCAAGAAACUCCAGUCCUUAUAUUGAAAAGACAGACUUCUAGACAAGAAUAUGACAUCAUUGAGUGUAUUAUGCAAAAAGAUUCUGCACCUCAGAUAAAUGUCUUGCUUGGAAAUGUAAAUAAAGAACAAUGUUCAAUGGCUGUUGGUUGUCAGAAUAAAGUUAUUGCCACAAUUGAUGAAACCGUCUUAUAUGUACAGAAUCAGAAGAAAAAAGUCAGACAUACUUUAGAAAAAACCCAGCAAACAGAAUUCACCUGUGUAGCGUGCCAUCCUACCGAUGUUUGUGUUGUGACAGGAUGUCAAAAUGGACGUAUUUAUUAUUGGUACAACAUAUUUAGGAAAGAUAAAGUUGUAAAGACUUACUACCAUUGGCAUGCCCUACCUGUGUUAGACCUGUGUUUUACUGUUGAAGGUUCAUAUCUUUUAAGUGGUGGACAUGAGUGUGUAUUAGUUAAAUGGCAAUACAACUCAGAUCAGAAAGAUUUCUUACCAAGACUUGGAGCACCUAUUAAUCGUGUGACAUGUUCCCAUGACAACAUGUACUAUGCCACAUGCCAUACUGACAAUGUGAUCAAGUUAAUAACAAAUAAAUUUGAUGUGAAACAAGUAUACCAAGGACUUACAUGUGCUCAUCUCAGUGUGCAGAAAACACAUCCAGUACCAGCAGGUUUGCACUAUGACCCCAGGUCAAAGGCCUUAGUAACCAAUGGAAAGAUAGGACAUUUACAGUUUUACUCUGUAACCAAUGACAAACAUCUGUAUGAUUUGGAUAUUGUUGGACAAAAUUACAUAUCACCUGAGAAUAUGGCAAAACCACUCACAGUUACAGAAGUUAUGGCUGCAGACUUUAGUUGUCAUGGGGACUGGCUAGCUACAGUGGAAUUAUGGGAUGACCAUGUGAUGUCACCUGAAUUGAGGCUAAAAUUCUGGCAAUUCAGGGAAGAAACUAGAAAAUAUACGUUAAACACUACAGUAGAAUUACCACAUAAUUUUCCAGUGACUUGUUUAAAAAUACGUCCCGAAACUGGAGAAGAUGAUGACCAACCAAUGGCAGUGACAACUAGUCUGGAUAAUUACUUCAAAACAUGGACACUUGUUGAUGACACAAAUAUAUACAGGAAGAAUAAGAAAUGGAUGUGUAAAUUCUCUGGCUAUUACCGUUAUUCCCCUGCUAGUACAGCUGCCUACUCAGAUGACGGGUCAUUGUUAUGUGUAGGGUUUGGUUCUGUUCUGACCAUCUGGGAUCCCGAUACUAAUGUAUUACUACAGACCUUAGCUGGACAAAAAGAUCAAUCUGAUAUACAAUUUAUAGAAUUUGGGAAAUACAGCUGUUCUCAUCUGUUGACUGCAUGCAGCACAGAAAGUUUAGUUACCUGGAAUCUAUCAUCCUGCACAGUGCUUUGGAAUAUAGAUUUCAACACAGUCAGUCUAAUUUCUGACCCUGAAACAGAUGUAAUGGCUGUGAUAUCAAAAAUCAGUGAUGUAUAUUUCUUUAGACCAUCAAGUCCAGAGAUUUUAUAUCAUCAAAAUACAAUAAGUUCUAGAAAAGUGGCAAGUGCUGUUUUUAUACCACAGAAUCAAGGGAGACAAUCUCAAACUGCACCUGAAAAAGGGAGACAACUGCCUACCCAAUCAAAGUUAUAUUUCAUCAACUCUGAUCAUCAACUUCUUUGUCUGUCAGAGGUUGAUACAGCUGCUUCUGCAUCUAAAACCAUGUUUACCAUACAACAAAAUCUACCACAAACAACACUUAGUCUACUUUUAUCUAAAGAAAAUACAAAGCAGCCAGCUGUGGAUUCAAGGUCAACUUCCAAGGACAUAAAGUCAUGGAAAGGAUUUUUGGAUACACCACCACAAGUCCAACCUGCAGUUACUUCCCUUUGUAAACAGUUUGUCCAGUCUAUGCUUGUGAAGUCAGGAACAAAUAGUGGUAACAUAGAUGAUGAAGAAGAGCUGUCAGAUGAGGAAUAUGUUAUGGAAGUGGAUGAUGAUGUGGAUUCUGAUAAAGAUGUUAUAUCUCAGGGGAAAUCUCAAAACAUGGAAAAAAAUAAAAAUACAAAACCAAAAGAUAGUAGUAAACAGGCUGUUAUACAUACAGACACUAGAGCAAAAGACGAUUUAUAUAUUAGUUAUAUGGACUGGUAUAUAAAAAGAUAAAAUAAAAUUAUUUUAUGCAUUUU